AUGCGCGUCCACACCGGCGAGUGGCCUUUUACUUGUGAAAUAUGCGCAAAGACCUUUACAUUUAAGAGCGUAUUGAAUCGUCAUAAGAAAGUCCAUUUACCAAAAUUACCAUUCCGUUGUUUGAAGUGUCUGCCACAUAUUCAGAAAGGUUCUCUCAAUGCUCAUUUACGCAUACAUGUCGAACAACUUCCAUUCGACUGCUUGAAAUGUGGCCAACGAUUUGAGAAAGAAAACCAGAUGAUAUCGCAUGAAAAUCAUUGCACCAGUCGCCGAUACGUUUGUUAUCUAUGCCCGUACAAAUGUUUUAACAAAGGUCAAUUGCAACUCCACAUGCGAUCAAAGCACACUAGUGAAAAACCAUUUUUGUGUGCAUUUUGUGAAAAGACAUUCUAUCAAAGAAUUGAUCUUAAACGACACUUGACAACACACAACAAAAAACAACCGAUUCGUUGCUCAAAAUGCUGGAAGAAGUUUGUUGAAGAAGGCGACAAGAAAGUACACGAAGAGCAUUGCAACCGACGUCACUAUCAGUGCUAUUUGUGUCGAAUUUCAAUGCAGAAUUCAUCCGGUUUGAAGGUCCAUACUCGUAAUCACCACACCGGCGAUAGACCAUUUUCAUGCGAUUUCUGUGCUGCUCGUUUUGUAUGGCGAUUUGGUUUUAAACGUCACAUGGAAACUGUUCAUCGUUUUAAGAAGUGA